UGUAAAUGUUGGGGUUGGUCGGUUCCCAGUUAACAUGUUUGAAACCUACAAGUAUGGUUUAUGAUUUUCAUUUGACAGGUACACAAACGAUAUGCUUUUGCUCCAACUCUUCUUAGCCAGAUGAGAUGGUUCACAAAUAUGUUACGAUGCGAUUGGCAUACUCAAAUCUCCCUGGGCACGCCCAUCAGAUGAAACUGAGGUUCAAAGACUUUUGCCUAUUUGGUAAUGAUGUGAUCUCCAUCGAAACAACACGAAUCUCGGCAUGGACCUUGUAGAUCGAGGCAUGUCCUUAUUAAGAAGACUUUGAUCGCCUGUCAGAACUCCUGUGGGUGUCCAGCUUGCAG